AUGCGUUUCUCACUAUCGUUCUUGAUCGUCGCCAUCGCCGCCAUCCUGUGCGCGGCUUCCUCCACCGAGGCCAAGCUUUCGCGUGGUCUUGCGUGGGGUGUCAACAACAACUACGGCCCGCGGAUCGCCAAGGGCCUGGUCAAGUGGUACUGGCACUGGCAGGAUGGUCCCAACCCCAAGUUCGACGGCAAGUUGCAGUGGAUUCCGUGCUUCUGGGGUCCUAAGUACUAUUCGCAGUGGAACCAGCGCAAGGCUGAGAUGAAGGGCAACCUGCCCAAGUACAUCCUCAGUUUCAACGAGCCCGAGAUCCCCGGCCAGGCCAACCUCGACCCCAAGUACGCCGCCAAGCUGCACAUGAAGGAGCUCGAGCCCUACGCUCGCAAGGGUGUCAAGAUCAGCUCGCCCCAGAUGGUGUACAAGACCGAGUGGCUGGUGGAGUUCAUGAAGGAGUGCGACAAGCUCGGAUGCACCAUCGACUUCAUGGCCAUUCAUUGGUACGGAACCACGCGCGACAUGGCCAAGCUCAAGAAGUGGAUCAAGACCAUCCACAAGAAGUUCAACAAGCCCAUCUGGGUCACCGAGUACGGUGUCACGGCCAAGUCCGGUGGCAACAUGGGAGCCAUCAUGAAGUUCCACAAGGAAGCCACCAUGUGGAUGACCAAGACCAAGUACGUCCAGCGUGCUGCGUGGUUGGGAUGCUUCGAGAUCGACAACCCCCCCGACUCGUACGCCAACAACAAGAACGCCUUCCUCAACUCGAACGGCUCGCUGCGUGACAUUGCCUACUGGUACAUGUACUCGCAGAAGGCCAACAAGCGAUCCGUCCACCACUCGAACCGCGCGCUCCCCUCGGCGCACGCCGCCCGCCGCGCCUUGACCCACAAGGACGAGGAGGGCAACGACAUUGUCGACGACGAGGAUCCCUUCGAGGCUCCCGAGCACAUUGUCGAGUGCGACGAGUACUGCCAGCAGCGUGACAAGGCGAUUGCUGCUUACGAGGCCGAGUACGGUGCCAUCGGCGAAGAAGAUGAGGACGACGACGACAAGAGCGAAGACGACAAUAUCCAGAGUUCGUCCGUUCUUCUUCUUCUGCUUGACCCCCUUUCGAAUUCGUCUGCUCUGCUACGAUAUCGCAUUGGCAUUGCUGGUUUCGAAAGCUGUCGCCCGACCCAAGACAGUCUCAAAAUCACAAUGUCUUCGGCAGAAGCGGCAAGGUCGCUGGCUGGCGGUGGACCAGCAUCACUCAUCAUUCUCAAGACGCAUCCACCACUGCCAGCAUUCAGCAUCCCUCAUCGUGUGCCAGACCCAUCCACCGACAUUUCGUCUUUCAAGCUCAACAUCCUGCGCAUCCUCACCGGUCAAACCAACGCGCAGUCUUCCACGAAACCGCUCACCUUCUCCGAGGAGGUCAAGGAGAAAGCCAUCAACGGCUGGAAGAUGCAGAUGCUCACGCUCGAACUUAGACAGAGCGACGACCUAGACGAGGACGAAGAAGACGGAGAAGACGAUGCGACCGAAAUGCGCGGCUUCGAGCUGCAGGACCAUCACGAAUGCAGUCUGAUCGAGGAGGGCGACAUGAUCGUCGUCCGUCUCAAACCAAAUCACACCUUGGACGAGCUCGAACUGCCCAAACUCGGCCCUGCUCAUCGCUACUCGGCACCCGCAGGAUCGCUCACACGCGCUGGCACCCUGUCGGAACCACCGCCGUAUUCCAUCAUUCAGCCCUCCGAGCCUUCGUCCUUCUCUUCAUCGGUAGGAGCACAGCCAAAUGCAAACUACCACCAACACAGGUAUCAGGACUAUCGAUCUGCGUUCCGCGUCGUCACCGCCAACAAUGUCAGUUCAGGUCGCAUCCGUCGCAGUGACGCCGCCAACGCCGGUUCGGGUUACGCUAACCAUCCGGCUGGCCUUGGACAAGGGCUCAAUCUGCUACAGUCGUCGUCUGGCAAGGGCAGCGGAAACAAGGGCAAGCGCCGCACCUCGGCUUCCGCUGGAGCACCAAGGCAAAGCACCAAUUCUGCGGCCGCGGUCCCAAAUGCCGACGCUUCUGCUGCCGCCGUAUCGACACCAAGCAACGAUCCUUCGUCCACCUCGACCAACCCCAGCACGGUCGCGCUUCCGGCUUCGACCAUAGAUCAGCAGAACGUCGUCUCGCCGCCAACAUCUCCGAGACUCGCAUCCGGGACCGCUACACCUGUCUCGGCGUCGGGCGCAUUCCCGGCGGCGAUACGCCGGAACAGCUCGUCCGUCGUCACCGUUCAGGCUGGUCAACGAUCUACAGCGCCCGCGGCAGCGACCUCGUCGUCGGCGAAUGCCAACGGCAAGUCAUCUUCUCAGUUCGCAGCCAUGCCGGCGACUGCUCUUGUCAUCGGUCCCGGUGUUCAGGGUCAAGUGGGUCGCAAUCCGACCAGCGUCAAUGCUCCCGUCGGAUCUUACGGAGGUGCUGAGUUGGGCGAGUACGGUAAUGUUAAGGGUCUCGUCGGCUUCACUGGGGCUGGCGGUUCGGAACUGAGGUCCAAGCCACGACGCAAAUCGAGCAGACAGAACAGUCAGGAGUUCCUCCUCUCGCCUACCGACAACAAUGUUUUGGAUACGAGUGCUUCACGCCGUCGACCUUCGAAUCCGGCUACUGCCGCUGCUGACGCUGCCGAGAAGCGUGCGGCUCUAGCCAGACAGUCUUACUCCGACGCAGCAGCUGCACUUGGCGCUUCAACUGAUGCUGGUGCUAAGCGACCGAUCAGGGAGCGACAAGCUUCGUCCAGCAGUCGAAUCAACAAGACUGAGCUGCCGACUCCUCCGGUUCUGCCUCCGAUCCAGAACUUGGCGCCGUUCCCGGAUUUCGAAGCGUCGAAUGCUGCGGCGGGGAGGACUAGGAGGGAGAGGGAUCUGCCGCCGAUGCCGACGGCGGCGGAAGAGGCGAACAUCACGAUGGUCGCGGUGAGCACUCCGACGGAGGGCAAGCCUCCGAGGCUCUCGUUCCUGCGCAAGUUCAGCACCAAUACGCAGACGAGCAGGAACACGGACAGCGGUCAAGACUCGCCCGUGCAAGACGCCGGUAGAGCCGGUGGGUUCUUUGCGAGAUCGUCGCAGACGACAAGCGUUCCGGUGGAAGACAUGGAUCCAGCGAUCAAGCCGGUGCUCGAAGGUGAAGCUUCGCAGAACAGCAGCCUGACCAGGGCGGAGAGGAGGUAUCUGGAAGUGCAGAAGGCGCUCGCGGGCGAGCGGGAGAGGCAGGCGGAGGCGGAGAAGCUCAGGGCGGAGGAGAUCAGGGCUUCGCGCGCGAGGAAGGAGAAGGAGAGGGAGAAGAAGGAGAGCGAGGCCAAGAAGAGGGCCGAGGAGCAAAAGUGGGAGAUGUGGGAGGAGGUGAGGAGGAGGCAGAAGGGUGGGGUCAAGGAGGAGAAGAUGCCGCCGGCCAUUCAGAGGAUGUACAGUGGGGCGACGGGGGAGGCGGGUGAGAAGAAGGGGAAGGCGGUGGAUUCGGUAGAAGCGUCGCCCAGAGAUAGCUUUGCGACUGCUACGGGGGUGUCUGCGUCCGCGGACGUUCCCUCUGGAUCACUGCAACCCCCAAUCGGCGGUGCGGUUGCCUCGCAGAACGGCAACACCAACGACAACGGCAGCAAUAUAGGUCAACGCAUCGAGCUUGGCCUGGAGCGCAUCAUCCGACUUCUCGCACGCCUGGGUUCACCUCAGAAACGAUUUCCCGUCAUUCACGUCGCUGGCACCAACGGAAAAGGCAGCACCAUCGCCUACCUCGACUCGAUCCUCCGCAACGCACUCGACAUCCGCACCGCCACCUUUGUCAGUCCGCACCUGAUCGAACGACGCGACUGCUGCAAAGUGGACGGCCAAGUGGUCUCCAAAUCCGUGUGGAGGCAGGCUCAGUCGGACGUGCUCUUCGCGGAUCAAGGGCUGGACAUUGCGGCGGGAGCGAACGACGACGGUCAGCCGCUGAAGAGUUCACCGUUCGAACUGCUGACAGCGCAGACGUUCCAGGCGUUUUCGCUGCUCGAGGGCGAGCAGAGGCCCGAGGUGCUGUUGAUCGAGGUAGGGUUGGGUGGGAGGUUGGAUGCGACGAACGUGUUUGAGGAGGGUCAGGUGUUGGCGAGUCUCAUCUGUCCGAUUGACCGGGAUCAUGAGGCGUUUCUGGGGAGCAAACUGGAGGGGAUUGCGAGGGAGAAGGCAGGGAUCGUGAAGGAGAACGGUCUGUGUAUCGUGGCGGAUCAGCGAUUGGAGGAUGCGGAGACGAUGGAUCAGUUGGCGUUGGGACCGUUGGAGAACGAGGCGAAGCAGUUGGGUGGCCGAGCAGCUGGGAUCUUGGAUUCGGUACGAAACGUUUGCAUGGCCAGGAACGCGAGGUUGGUCAAGACGCACAUCCCGUGGAAGGUUCUAUCCCUGCCACCUACGAGCAGCGACGGGUGGGGUAGCAAGAUCGAGUUCACACCGAGACUCGCACCGACGCUGUUCCUGUCGACUUCCGGGCUCAACCCUCCGUCGACGUUCGUGGCGCAUCCGCACGAUCCGGUGAUGUUCGGCGUGGGUGUGACGGUGGAGAGGACGCGCGCGAACCUGACGGGCGUGUGUAUGGCGCUGCAGACGUUGUCGUCGAUCUCGCGCGACGAGUGGGUGGUGGAUCGAUGGGAGGAGCUGCGCACGCGCAUCAUGUGGGGAUUGAGGGACGACGCCGAGUCGAACCUGAGGGUGAGGGAGAGCAUCAACUCGGUAGAGUGGGAGGGGAGGUGCAGUUGGUUCAAGCUUGGGGGAGCGGAUGUGUUGGUCGACGGGGCGCAUAAUGAGGGUAGUGCCAAGGCGUUGAGGGAGUACCUGGAUUGCUGUCUGCGCGGGCAGAAGUUGAAGGGAUUGGGGAGGGUGGAGGUGUCGUACGUGUUUGCCUUCUCGGAAGGCAAGGAUUACGAGAGCAUGGUGAGGGCGUUACUGCAGAACCGGCAGGAAGGGGUGGACGUCAAGGUGGCAUUGACGCGGUUCAGUCCGCCGGAAGGUAUGCCUUGGGUGAAAAGUGUCGAACUGGACGAUGCGGCGAGGACGUUGAAGGAGGUGGGCAGGACGGUGGAGAUGGGAGAGAAGCAUCGGCGAUUAACUCUUCUCAUCUCAUGUGGAUGCUCGUCCACGAUGAUUCACGACAACCUCUUCUGCACCGUAUCCUUCGAGCUCAUUCAUUCCCACGCACUCGCCUGCCAAAUGAAACGCGAAACCUUCCGAGUCAGAGGUAAGAUCGAGGAGGCGACCUUCGUGUUACAGGAUCAGGCUAAGGUGGGAUCACGUGUCCACAUGAAUGAUGGAGAUGAGCUAGCAAGAUGA